AUGGAUAGUUCUUGGAGCGAAGUGCAGCACAUCUGCGAUCCCAACCUCAACAAAGUAUCACCCGUUUCGGCUGUGUGCUGGGAUCCGUAUCAUGAGCUGCUAUGGGUUGGCAACGAUUCUGGCCGAGUUUGCUCCUACUAUGGCAAAGGAUUGCAACGCUAUACAUCAUGGAAGGCACAUAAAGACGAACAAGUGCGACAGAUACGUGUAACAGAUAGAGGUGUUAUCAGUCUCAGCCCAAAGAGCAUACAAAUGCGAGACAGACGAGGACUAGUCAAAUGGAGCAUUAGCAACGAACAAACGCAGGAUUUGCAUUGCAUGACUUCAACCACAUUGACCAACGGCGAAUUACUGGUUGCAGGACAGCAGGACGAUAUGCUGGUGGUGAGUUUGGCCCGUGGUGUAGUGACUCGAAAGAUAGCCAAUGCAUCCAACAUUGUUGUACUCAAAAGCUUGCCUCGCUCCAUCUGCGCAGGCUCGCUACUGGGAGAAGUGACACUGAGAGAUCCGCGCACCAUGAAAGUAGAGCAACGAGUACAAGCACACACAGCCACCUUGUCGGAUUUGGACGUCUCUGGUAACUUGCUACUGACAUGUGGAUUCUCACAGAGACAAGGCUCCUUGAUCAUGGAUCCGCUAGUCAAAGUGUAUGAUAUCAGAAUGGCAGUAAGAACGCUGGCUCCAAUUCCCUUCCCCAGCGGGCCCAUGUUUUUGAAAAUGCACCCAACAUUGAGCACCACAUGUCUUGUUGCCUCUCAAACAGGUCAGUUCCAGAUGUGCGAUGUGUCCAGCUUAAUUAUGGGAUCCUAUGCGGCACCAGCACAGUUUCAUCAGAUACAGACGUCCAGCUACAUUACAGCCAUGGAUAUAUCGAGUUCAGCGCAAACAUUGGUAUUUGCAGAUGGAGCUAGUUUUGUGUAUCAGUAUGCAGACCGUGAAGACUUUGAUGUGAACCCUUAUUCAUUGCCACUGACAACACCCGACAUUGUUCAGCCACUAACUACCACUGUAAAAGAAGACAGCCCCUUAUCCACAGUCGGCAUGCCUUAUUACACAGAUCCGCUAUUAUCUGUCUGGCCCAACAACAAGAUAUAUGAAGUCGGUGCUCAGCCUACACCUAUCGAUGAUGAAAUCCUCAAAAAUAUGAAGACGAUAGACUUUGUGGGAUAUGCGCCUAAUCCAGGCAACAUUCACAGAAACCAACGACCUCGAAAGAAGAAGCCAAUCACUAAAAAGAACGGGCCCAAAUUCAGAUCAGAGCAAGAAAGAGAGCUACUGCAGGCCAGCAACGUACUGGUAGGAGACGAUGAGCCACAGCAUUCGGGCAGACGCUCCUCCUCUGUAGGCGAUGUGACCAUAGCAGACCCCGCUGUGCUGAACAUGCCUCGCUACUACCAGCGUGUGGAAAUUCAGUACAGUAAAUUUGGUGUCGACGAUUUUGAUUUUGGAUACUACAAUUCAACGCAGUAUGGCGGUUUAGAGACGCACAUUAGAAACUCAUACUGCAAUUCGUUUUUGCAAGUCUUGUUCUUUAUCAAACCGCUGCGAAAGAUUGCCAAAUCACACAUCAAGAUUGCUUGUCCCAAGGACAAUUGCUUGCUUUGCGAACUGGGAUUCUUGUUUCGCAUGUUGGAGGAUUCAAAGGGUCAAAACUGUCAAGCAACCAAUUUCCUCAGAGCGUUCAGCACCAUUCCACAGGCUUCUGCUUUGGGCUUGUUUGAGCCAGAGACGCCUAAUCGCAACCUGUCGUUCUCUACGCUGAUGCAAAAUUUUACUCGCUUCAUCAUGGAGCAGAUCCACCAAGAGUCGAAUGUGCCCUCUGCCAAUCCGUUGAUUUCAAAAGCCCUGGUGCGAGAUAUCGCCAUACACAACAAGACCAACGAGGAAUUGGAAAUACCAUCAACCAUGCAGCAACUGUUUGGUCUACAGACGCUCAGUCAGAGCAAGUGUGGCAGCUGUCAGGCCGAAGUGUCUCGCAUCACUUAUCCUUUUGUCGUCGACAUGCUGUAUCCCAAGAAAAACGACCGCAAGUCGAGAAAACGAUCCUUUACCAGCAUUCUUAAAGCCAGCAUGUACAGAGAAAACCAAACCAAGGCUUGGUGCGCUCACUGCCACCAAUAUCAGCCUACAACGACCAAGAAAAUUAUUUGUGGAUUGCCCAGUGUCAUGUUGAUCAAUUCAGGUGCUGCCAAUAGCGAAGAAGCACUGAUUUGGAGGCAAAACGGGCCCAAUACUCCUAAAUCAGCAUCCAGCUCAGUGGCUCAGGAGGCAGUCAAUGCAGACAGUGAUCAAGGAUCUAUCAAUGAAGAUGCAACUACUGUCAACACUCCUUCCUCUUGGUUGCCUGAACGAUUCGGCAUUUAUAUUAAUGGCACUGAACUGGCCAUCAAGGCUUUGCCGAUGGGCAAAGAGAUUCCGCCUGAGUUCAAGGGUCCCUCAGAGACAUGUGCCAUCUAUGAAUUGUCAUCCACUAUCUUACAAGUACAAGCAGAGGAAGAAGCAACUCAUCUCGUGUCUCAAAUCAAGAUCCCAGAGACAUCAGAAGCAGAUGGGGCACCAUCCACGCCUUGGUAUCUCUUCAAUGACUUUUUGGUCCGUAAGAUCCGAGCGGAAGAAGUGUUUUCGUUCAAAGGUAACUGGAAGACACCUGCUGUACUUCAAUACACACGAGUGGACUUGGAUACGCUAUUGGAUCUUGAUGCCCUGCCAUCGCAAGUAGACUACUCGCUUUUGUUUGAAGAUUUGACCGUGGCGCAGGAACCCAACCCUCAUCCUCGUCAUCAAGUCUUGACCAAGGACGAGAUGCCAAAGCCUGGUACACUGGUAGCCAUCGAUGCAGAAUUCGUAGCGCUACAACAAGAAGAGACGGAAAUUCGUAGUGAUGGUACAAAGUCAUUGAUUCGCCCGAGUACAUUGACCUUGGCGCGUGUGAGUGUGCUACGCGGAAAUGAUGGGCCCAAGGAACAAGUGCCGUUCAUUGAUGAUUACAUUGCGACAAGUGAACCGAUUGUGGAUUAUUUGACAGAGUUUAGCGGUAUUGUGGCAGGCGAUCUGGAUCGUAAUCAGUCAAAGUAUACAUUGGUGCCUCUCAAAGUGGCGUACAAAAAGUUGCGCUUGCUAGUGGAUUUGGGCUGUAUCUUUAUUGGGCAUGGUUUGAAUAAGGAUUUCAGAAUUAUUAAUAUACUGGUGCCUCCCGAGCAAAUCAUCGAUACAGUGGAUAUCUAUCAUAUUCGCAAUAGACAAAGAAAGAUUUCAUUGCGCUUUUUGGCUUGGCAUCUCUUGCAUCAGGAUAUUCAGUCUGAAACGCACGACAGUAUUGAAGAUGCUCGCACGGCACUCAUAUUGUAUAAGAAAUAUCUCGAGUACAAGGAAAAUGGUACAUUUGGUCAAGUGUUGGAAGAAAUUUAUGAGGCUGGUCAUAAAGCCAACUGGCUAAAAGGAACCAAAGACGCCUUAUCCAGAGUAUCGAGUGCUCCUCAAAUGGAUGCAUUGACAGGUUCAAACCCAUUAUUCACCACUGGUUGGCCUGUUUAA